AUGGCCAGCAACAGCACAAACACCAAACAAUCUCUUUCCCGCCCCUCAUCCGGGACCUCAUUCAACGCGACCUCAACCAACAAGAACCGUCAAUACGCGCAUCUUCAUGCCCAGCUUGCCCAGCUCAAUGCUCAUCUUGCCGACACAGAGAACCUUGUACGCAUGACGGCCGUGCAGGCACAAGAUAUGCGCUUUUUGGGUGGAUACGUUGGUGCCUUGUUCAUGGGCAGCGCUAAAGUCCUGGGUGAAGAGAGUGUGCAGGGCAAGGGAAGACAGAAUGACGAGGGGAUGAAAUGA